AUGGCACUAGCUACACGAAAAAACGAACAACUUCCUCCGGACACUCGAGAAACCAUUCGACAAAUCGCAACACAGCAAUAUUUAUCCUUAUCUGACCUAAGGUCAGAAGCAGAAAAUCUUAUGUUAAAAACAGUUCAGCAAGAAGUAUACGAACAAGAAAUACAAAGUUUGGAGGACCCAAGUAACACGACAACCCAUAGCCAAACGACCUCAACACAGAUAAAGAAAUCUAGUUUGUACCGCCUACAACCCUUCUUGGAUAAUCAAGGAAUAUUGCGGGUCGGCGGAAGGCUGCGUCGCGGUCGUAUGGAAUAUGUAGAGAAACACCCGGCAAUUCUUCCUAUAUUCUCUCACCUUACCACCCUCGCAAUUAGAUAUUACCACGAGACAGUUCACCAUCAAGGCAAGCAAAUCACACACGGGAGAAUACGUGACGCAGUAAUUUGGAUCAUGGGAGGAAGUCGACGGAUAUCGAGCUAUAUAAACCAGUGUAUCACAUGCAAGAAAUUAAGAGGAAAACCCCAAACGCAACUCAUGGCUGAUCUACCCAAAGACAAAUUGGAAACUCCACCUCCAUUUACUAACGUAGGCUUCGACGUUUUUGGCCCAUGGACAGUGCAAACGAGGAAGCUACGAGGCGGAGCAUUGAAUUCUAAAAGAUGGGGUCUUGUCUUUACAUGCCUCAAUUGUAGAGCCAUCCACAUAGAGGUCCUUCAAUCUGUGGAUGCGAACUCGUUCAUCUGCGCAUUAAGGCGAUUCUUCGCAAUUCGAGGUCCCCCAGUGUUGUUGCGAUGUGAUCGGGGUACGAAUUUCGUAGGAGGGAGAUCGGAACUUAACGACGCCUUGAAUUCAAUGGAUCGGGGGGCUAUCAAUCGCUGCGUUACUGAUCAAAACUGUGAAUGGCUGUUCAACCCGCCUCACGCCUCACACUUUGGAGGAGCCUGGGAACGGCAAAUCGGUACUAUCCGGCGAGUGUUAGAGGGAAUGUUCUCCAGUCUCGGAAGCCAUCAAUUGACACAUGAACUCCUUGUUACGCUCAUGGCAGAAGUUACAGGCAUUGUCAAUUCGCGUCCCAUCGCCAUGAUAUCAGCCGAUCCUGAGCAACCACAACCAUUGAGUCCGAACUCGCUCCUUACAAUGAAAACCAGACCACUUUUACCUCCACCUGGUGUAUUCCUGCCGCAAGAUUUGUACUCAAGACGAUAUUGGCGUCGUGCUCAAUAUUUAGCAGAUCAAUUUUGGUGUAGAUGGAAACACGAGUACUUGCAAUCUUUGCAAGCCAGACCGAAGUGGAAUGAAGUCAAACCGAAUCUCCAAGUAGAUGAUCUUGUAAUAAUGAACGAUAAUUCUCCACGCAACCAAUGGCCUUUCGGCAGAGUAAUAGCCAUGAAGAGUGAGGACGGAAAGGUUCGAAAGGUAAAGCUAGUCACGGCGACAUAA